CGCCCGGGGGGCGCCUUUGUUCCGCAGAGGCGGCGGCGGCGCGGAGCGGGCACCGGGACCGGCACCGGGACCUCCAGCUCCACUAUGACUCUGGAGGAGCUGCCCGGGGACCACCGCACCGCCGGGAGGAUGGAGCAGGCGGGGGACGCGCUGGAGGAGGUGCUGAGCAAGGCGCUGAGCCAGCGGAGCCUCACCCUCGGUGUCUACGAGGCCGCCAAGCUGCUCAACGUAGACCCGGACAACGUGGUGCUGUGCCUGCUGGCGGCCGACGAAGAGGAGGCGGGGGACGCGGCGCUGCAGAUCCACUUCACCUUGAUCCAGGCUUUCUGUUGCGAGAACGACAUCAACAUCUUACGCGUCAGUAACCCGGCCCGGCUGGCCCAGCUCCUGCUGCCCGCCACCGGCACCGAUUCGCCCGCCGACCUCCACUGCGUCCUCGUCACGAACCCCCAUGCCUCGCAGUGGAAGGAUCCAGCGCUGAGUCAGCUGAUGUGCUUCUGCCGGGAGAGUCGCUACAUGGAUCAGUGGGUGCCAGUGAUUAACCUCCCCGAGCGGUGACCGCGCCGGGCCGAAAACGAACUCAACCGAAUUGCACUGAAGUUUUGCAAUAUUUUAGCAGUUGCUCAGGAAGUAACUCCCUGCCCUGGCGAGAGGAUUGCGGGGGGGGGGGGGUGGUGGGGGGGGAGGAAAAAAAGAAAAAAAAGAAAAAAAAAACAACAAAAAAAAAAGAUAAAACUGACAUCAAGGGGGGGGUAAGCUGAAGUUGAACUACGUGUUUUGUGGGACUUCUUUGAAGAAGAGUGACUCGGAAGCGGCGGGGAUGAGCGUGGAAGCGAAGGGAAGAGCAGCGCCUGCGUCGCCGGAGGAAGGAGCCCUGCCUGACGCGCGGGGGUGCCGCACGGCCGGGUUACUCACCGAAAACACCCAACACCCUUCACGGUUUUUUUUUUUAAAGUGCAACUUAACAGUUCCUGGUUUAAGUACCU